GGAACUGGCAUGCUCAUUGCUUGCUUGCUGAGGCGGAGCUGCAGUCACUCACUCCACUGGGUAUAAUUCUACUCUACUCUAGACGGUUAUUAAUGCGAGCUUUUGUUCCAUGGGAUGGGAUGGGACUCGGGAGGGGGUGGGGUUUCUUCUCUGGGCUUGCCUGACCAAUCAUGACGGUGAAUGGGUUGAUGAAUGGAUUGAGAUCCAUCCCGAACUCUUGUGCUGGAAGAAUGGAAGAAUGGAAGGAAGGAAGUCUUUGCCCCUCCUCCCCUCGACACUCCUCACUCACUCGAGAAUCGAACCUCAACUUAACCCAACCCGAGUUCCAACACGGCGCGGCGGGGCGGCGGGGCGGCGGGGCUGUGAACAACUAGGCGGCAAUGCUCCAGAACCCAGCCAGCUAGCAACCCCGGUACCGAGCCGAAUGAUUGGAAGCUUCUCUCUUCUCCUCGCUUGCCUACAUAAAGCACCACCAGUCUCUGGCGGGCUGGGCUGCGCAUGCGGCUACCAAUCACCCUACCAACCUACCAACCACAACCCACCAACCUACCAACAGCCAUUGGAUCUGUUUCUGUGCGAGGGAGGGAAUGGAAGACUCAUCGACUCAUCGACGCACUACCCAUACUCCGUGAGGCGCGGAGAAUGCAGCCUUAGGCGGAGGCGAUUGAGUUUUUUGGCCGGUCCGUGGAUCGCAUUGGAUGGAUUUGUGCCUCUGCCGAGAAUCUAAGAUCCAAGACCCCGGCGGGCCUGUGGGCCCGCGGUGCGGUCACUGGUGCGAGCACCAUUCAGCCUCCGGUGUCGACUUCAGCUAGGUAAGUAGAGGCACGGGAUGGAUGGCCGCGCUCGUGCUCUAGGUGGAAUGGCAAGAGAGAGAAAGAGAGAAAGAGGAAGAUGCGGAUUGGCUACGUACCCGGGUAGUUGGCGUCUGCCACGAUGAAUCACAGCCAUAGAUAGGAAGAUGCGGAUUGGCCACUAUAGUCGG